AUGGGGGGAUCAUAUUCAUAUACAGAUAAUGGAAGAAGCAGGUCAGGUAGUAGUUUAGAGGAAAAUGAAGGACUUUUGGUGGCAGUGCGCCAAGGGGACUUAGAUGGCACCAAGAAAUUUCUGGAAGAGCAUCCAGAAGCAUUGAAUGCAAGGAUCACACACAAGGGUCAACGAGCACUCCAUAUUGCAGCUAUGUAUGGGCAUCUGCAUAUUGUUGAAAGCUUAGUGCAUCUAAUGUCAGCAGGUGAUCUUGAGUUGAUGGACAAUGAAGGUGCUACUGCGUUAAUGUAUGCCGCUCAGAAUUCGGAUGAGAAUGUUAAUAUUAAUGUCGCGAAAUGCAUGGUUGACAAGAAUCCCACAUUGGUCUCUAUCCCUUUCACACAGGGCUGGAUUGCAGUGACAUGGACUCUUGAUCUAGGCCACAAUCAAAUGGCUCGCUACCUUUAUUCUGUCACGCCUCUUGAAGCAUUGCUGCCUGAAAACGGCAUCCAUGAUGUAGCUCUGGAAUUGGUGAGACGUUGUCAGAAACUAGUCACUACCAAAGUGAUCUCAUCAUAUGGGUUAGUAAGUAAUUUUUUGUUGAUAUUAGCAAAAACACCUCUCCCCCUGUCUCUGCAUGAAUGCCAACUGCCAUUUUGGAAACGAUUGUUGGAUAAUUGCAAAUGGGGUUCCGUUCCCAUGGAACCUGCAUCUGCCAUCAAUGAAGUUGUCGUUGCAGUUCCAGAAACAGAUCAUCAAACAAGUAGAGAUCAUUACUCUGUGGGAGCUCCAAGUCCUCGUGAAGAGCAAUAUCUUGCACUGCUUCGCGCUUCAUGUAAUGCAAUAUCUCCUUUCCAUGACGAAGCAAUCGACGAGAGUGGAAUAAGAAAUGCGGUGAUUAUCGCAGCAGAACGAGGGAAUGUUGGGUUCAUUGUGGAGGCAUUGAAGGCACACUUUUCCCUUUUGUGGACCAGCAAUGAAGAUGGAAGGUCAUUAUUUUCUGUUGCUGUUCAGAAUCGCCAAGCACAAGUUUACAAUCUCAUGCAUGGCCUUACUAUGAAGUCCUUAUUCUUAACAUCCACAGACAGAGAUCGCAAUUCUAUGCUUCAUAUGGCUGCAUUGCAAGCUCCACCCCCACAGCUUACUCCUAUCCCUGGAGCGCUGUUACAAAUGCAAAGAGAACUCCAAUGGUUUAAGGAAGUGGAGAGUAUUACGCCACCUGUGACAAAGGAACGUUUAAACAGUGAAGGCAUGACAGCUAGAAAGGUAUUCACGACAGAACAUAAGGAUUUGGUGAAAGAAGGUGAGAAAUGGACCAAAGAAACAGCUAGUUCUUGUAGUGUUGUUGCAGCCCUUGUAGCUACGAUAACCUUUGCUGCUGCUUUCACAGUUCCUGGUGGCAAUGACCAGAACAAGAGAUACCCAAUCUUUUUGCAUAAAAACCUAUUUAUGUUGUUUAUAAUAUCAGAUGCAUUGUCACUCUUCUCUUCCACAACUUCGCUGCUUAUGUUUCUGGGGCUCCUCACUUCUCGCUAUGCAGAAGAUGAUUUUCUCAGGUCACUGCCUACAAAGUUGAUAAUAGGUCUUUCCACCAUGUUCAUCUCUCUUGCAACCAUGAUGGCUGCCUUUUGUGCCGCUCUUUUCCUGAUGCUCCGAGGCCGAUCAUGGAUUGUCAUUCCUGUCACCCUGCUUGCCUUCGUUCCAGUCACUUUAUACAUUUGGUUGCAGCUUCCAUUGUUAAUUGUGAUCUUUAAGUCAACAUAUGGGGCAGGCAUCUUUGACAGAAAUGUUAAGUCUUGGCUUUGAGACUACAAGUUAGCUAGUUAAGUAGCUAGUGUGGUGCUGAACUUGGAGUUCUUAUUUUGUUUGAGCACUUCAAUGUAGGUUUGUUUGUUGGUCUCCUACUGAGUCGACAAGGUGUGAAACCCAAAACUCACUUUGCUUCUUUACUUUAAUAACAAAACUGUAGCAUUUAUAUAAAUUAGAGUGGUAAAGAAACUCCCCGUUGAAAGCGC